AUGUCCCAAGGCAUGACCAAGAGACCACCGGAAUAUACAGACUUGCCUAGAGGCAAGCAACUCCCUUCGCAUAUCGUUGCUCACUUGGAUGAGCGCUUCAAGCACCUUAGCGACACCAUUCUCCCUCCACAACCCUACCUGCUUUCCGUUCCCUCCGACGUUCCCUACCGCCACAGCUCGCGCUUUGUUAAUACAUGGUAUGAGGGCACUCCGUUUGACCGCAAAGAAGAGCAGCUGCAAUACCUCAGCUUCCUUCCGCAUUCGGGUGAGCACGAGUCUUUGUUGAGAGUCGAGGGCGGGUGGGCAGACGACCACGGGAAUCCCAUUGUUGAGGAAGAACUCUCCCCAAAGGCUCUUCCAGCGACCGGUCGACAUACUCCAGCAGACGCAGGCAAUCGCAAGAAAAUUAGCCUGAAGGACUACAAGACCAAGGCCAGAAGUCCAUCUCAAGCUGCAACGGAAUCCCAACCUCCAAAGAAAAUUGAGACCUCAGCCAACCCACCCUUGAGCGUUGAAAAGGAAAAACACGCUACGCAACCUUUGCUGGAGAAGAAGCAGGAGAAACAGCCGAUUGUCCCGGAGACUAACGGAGCCAAAGACCAUCCGCUGAAAGUUUCACGAAUGGACGGCCAUAAUUCCCCCAAAAUACCUCCCAAAAUGCAGCAGACCGACUCACCGAAUCCUGCUAAGCGACGAAAGCUUUCUCCAGCGGUUGAAGAUCCCAAACCUGGCGCAAAGACCUCGAAAGUUGAAUCACAGUCUUCCACCAUGAAAAUGCCCCGGUUACUCUCUCCAACUCUACCGUCGCCCGAGAAGGAGAACAGCCUGCCACAGCUACUAUCUCCGGUCCUGCCUCCGUCACUUGCGAAGGCUUUGUCUACCCCCCCGAAUACGACCUCAAUUGGAAGCCCUGCCAGCGGUCUGCCCAAGCGAUCAGAUCCCGUACGCUUGAUUCUUGCUGGCGCCGACCUAGACAAUGAACCACCAGGCGAUCGAGGUGGGCUAGCCCCAGGUGGGAGCAAAGUACGCUCAGACAGCCAGCACUCGGCCCGGAGCAGCGCCCCAGGAACUCCCAACGCGGCCAAAGUGGGUCUCGGGGCGAAGAUUCUGGCAAAGAAUGGCAUCAGAAGCGGUACACCCCUUCAUAAUGGAGUGCGAGCCAGUCCUGGCCCGCGACAAAGGCAUACAAUUAUUCUGAAGUACGGGAAAAAGAAUAGGAAGAGGGUCGAAGCGCUCCUCAAGUUCGCGCCGCGGCCGAAGAAAGAUCUUCUGAAGCAAGAUCUUCUGAAGCAAGAGGCGCCAGAUUCCCAGUACAACUCCGAUGCACAUGCAAGGAAGGAGACAUCCAAGAAGGAGCCCCUGGAGAGUCAGCCAACUGCUGAGUCCAAGCCGAGACCACCUGCCGUCGAUGACAUCAAGCUGGAAAAGAAGAGGAAGGCUGAAGACAGCAGUCCUGGACCGUCUCUCAAGAAGGUCAAGCCGGGCGACCACGAGAAUCGCCCUGUCACCCCAAUUCCCCCAGCUGGCAAGACAGCCGUGUCGUCUCAAUCAAAGUCAACAUUUUCCACCCCUAAAAAGGAAUUCAAAUCUACUCUGAUGAGACGCGUGGAGUCGUCCGACGGUGUUGACGCCCCAACUCCUACCGGGGACAAAGCGAGGGUGUCAACGCCACAAGCGGCGCCGAAGCCGUCCCCUCAACCCCCAACGAGCUCUACAUCUUCUCGCGAAGAGGAGCGGCAACAAUGGUCCAGUAUAAACUCCAAGUUCUUUACUUUGGGUCGUACUCUCAAGCAUGAAGGAUCGGCUCUGUUACCCGCCCCUGACAGUGACGCGAAGCCCUCUCAAUCCGCGAAAGCGGUGCUGAAACUGAUUGAAGCACUAUUGUGCUUCAUGAUCAACAUGUCCGCGCAAUCCCACGCCCGUCCAAGCAUCGAUCCAGGCUGGAGAUCAAUCAUUCUGUACCAUAUCUUUGUGUUCCGUCAAUCGAGGAAGUUUCCACAUCUCCACGGUCUGGUCGUCCAACUUGGCGCAGUCUGUCGGCAGCUUGUACAUAAGUAUGACAUGGACAGGUUGGCGCGGGAUCCUCUGCCUGAUGAUUAUUGCAACUCCGCACCAACGCCUGGUAGUGAUGGCAACACCAAGACGAACGAAGAUGGGGAAAAGUACAAGAAAAGAUACGUUGAGUUCAAGGACGAGUUGAUUCAGAACGCCCGUGAACUGCAGACAGCAUGGCUGGAUGGGUCUCGGCAACUUUCGCCCGAUCUCUUGAAACGCGAGUAUCCCAUUACUUGGUCGAAGCGGGCGAAGGAUUCGAGUGCAAGAUUACUAGAGAAGCUCACGCCAUCGAGGAUUCCGCAGGACUUUUACCUGCCAAUGGAUGCAAACACUACCGCUUUUGAAGCAGCGAGAUUCGGUGUGUCUUUUCUUCAGGAAUGGGCGGAGAAGGGAAAGGUUGAUUGGAAGACGAGGAUCGAUCUUUGA